AUGCCAAAUAUUCAAGGCGAGGGGUUCGUUCAUGGCCACAUUCAUAAUUAUGACAACAUGACUUAUAUACAUGGUCAUGUACAUAGACUAUCUUCAAAUAAUAAUUCUAAUAACAUAUCGUCUAUGAAUUCUUCGACAUCUGUAAAUAGCACUACGGCUGGGGAUAUUUUAGACAAUAACGAUAAUAUACCCACUUCUUAUUCUUCUGCUACUUCAACAUCGGGGAACGAUUCUACAACCAACAACAACAAUAAUAAUAAUAGCAAUAAUACUGGUAGCAAUAGCAUUGGGAAUAAUAAUACUGACAAUAAUAAUAAUUCUAAUUUGCGAAACGCAAGUAAUACUUCUAAUAACACAUUCCCAAAUUCAGAUAAUACAAAUAGUAUGGUUGAUAAAUCUAGUAUAAUGGAUUGUCAGCAUUUCGAAUUCAUAGAUUAUCAUGAUUUGAUAAAUUCAGACUCAAAUCGUUUGCUAUCGAACAUGGAAGCCACAGACUUUAGUAUAGAUAUUAAUUCAUUUAAUAACUUAACUCAAUCAUUAUCAAAUAGGACUAAUUUAAGUACUACGAGCAGUAAUCAUAAUAACGAUAUCACUGCUAAUACUAAUAAUAAUUCACAAGGAACAAAUACAAAAUCUUCCGGUAAUACGAAAGUGCUAAGCACAAAUGCUUAUGCCACUGACUUAAUGAUUGUAAACCCUCCUGCUAAUAAGAAACCAAAAGUAGCUUCCGAUCUAAACACUCCACCGAUAUCUGAUGAUGAUAAGGCAAAUACUUCCUGCGAGAUAGAUUCGUGUAAUAGAAAUUCAAAAGUCUUAGAAGUUUGUUGUGACAUGGAUCAUGGCAAUGAUAGUCAUUUUUAUAAUUGUACCGAUUCUACUCAUAAUCAUCAUCGAAAUCAAAAUUCGAGUGUGUCGAAUAAUAACAAUUCUAAUACAAGUCAUAAUACUCAAGUGUCAAGUGCUAGUAAUUCUGAAGGUCAAAUGAAUAUUUUUAAUGACUCUACUUUUAAUGAUUUAAAUAUCUAUACAGAAUUACCAAGUAGUUAUUUCGAUUCAACUCUAUUACAAUUACAUAAUAAUAAUAAUAAUGCUCAUUCACAAAUAGAACAUUCAAAUACGAUACCUUCAAUACAGAAUUCAAAUCAAUAUUAUUCUGACUUAUCUCAAAAUGUUCGUCAUUUAGCUUUAAAUCAACUACCGACCAUCGACUGUGAUUUAACAUGCGAGCAAUCCAAUUGUUCGACAUAUAAUAGUAAUAAUUCAAAACCAAAUUAUGAAAAACAAUUUGUUUCUUCAAAUACAGAGGGUAAUUCUAUGUAUCAAAAGAAUGGAAUUAAUGAUUCUACUGUAACACCACAUACUAACUCCAUAUCAAAUACAACAACUAGCUCCACUGCAACACCUGUCGUUUCAAUGGUGCCGCAGCAACAUGAGCACGUAGUUAAUUCUAAAAUGGAUAUGAAAAUAAUGGAAGAUUUAUGUAGCAUCUCCUCAUUAUAUGACUUACCAUUCGCUCAGCAUAUGAAUCAUGUUAAUAAUCUUCAUUCACAUUCUCAUAAUCAUGAAAAUUAUCAUAAUAAUAAUACUCCUACGGGAACUGAAGAAAACACGCCCCCUCAAGUUGUAAAUCUUCUGGAGAAUUUUAAUAAAAGCCCAAAAUCAUAUACUACUGAAAAGCUAAAAUCUACUAAUCAUUUUGCUCAUCAUCAUCACUUUAUACAUCUUCACCCUCAUCAAGCUAAGGUUACAAAGCCGUCUAAAAAUAGCAGUAACCAAAAUGCUUCAUCAUUAAUAAUUUCCAAUGCUUCACCUGCUCAACAGAAAUUCAGUUAUGAAAGGCGUAGGGAAGAUAUGGUUGCCAAAUCACAAAUAAACAAGGAACCAAUAAGAAUUUCACAUAGUAGUUCUAGUAUUGAAAAUCAAAAUCAAAGUCAGCAAUCUUCUUUUGUACAACAGCAUAUUAUUAAUGGAAAUGGUUCUAUUUUAAAUAAAUCACUUAUAAAUCAAAAGAAACCAGCAAAAGAAAAAAAUGUUAUAGGCUUUAAUUGGAAUUUUAAAAAUCAAGAAAAUAUUGAGGAUAGUGAUAUUGUAUGUAAAUGGGAAAAUUGUUCAAGGAAAUUUAAAAGUUUGUUUGAUUUACAAAGUCACAUUUUACAUGAGCAUUUGGCAAUUGAAGCUCAAAAGCAGGACGCAAAAAGAAAUUUUGACUGUCAAUGGAAGGAUUGUCAAACUCAAUCGAAUGAUAUUUGUACUUUAAUAAAUCAUAUUAACACAGAUCAUGGUAUCAAUUUUGAUAUUAAAUUUAAAAAUCCAAAAGUAGAAGAAGAGAAUUGGGAAAAAGAUAAAUUAUUUCAUCACUCACUGCAUUGUAAUGAUAAAUUAGCUCAUAAUAUAAAAGAUGAAAAUAAAGCAAAUUCUUCUAGUUUUGUUAAAGAUGAAUAUACUCCAAAAAUAGGUACGAAGAACUCUAGUAAAAAUGUGAAGGGUGUGAAUUCUGGGAAUGUUAAAUUACAAUGUCAUUGGGAAGAUUGUACUGAUGUAUUUGCUACUCCGGAAGAACUAAGCAAUCACUUAGAAAAUUUUCAUUUGCCAAGAGGUAAAAAUUCGUAUGAAUGUAAAUGGCACAAUUGUCACAAGGUUUUUAAACAAAGACAAAAGAUUUUACGUCAUCUGAAGACACAUUCGGGGUUUAAACCUUUUAAAUGUGAUGUGUGUUCAAGAUGUUUUUCAAGCAAAGAAACUUUAAUUCAGCAUUAUCGUACUCAUUCAGGAGAGAAGCCAUAUAAGUGUGAAAUAUGUGGGAAAAGUUUUUCUAUCUCCAGCUCAUUAAAAAUUCAUGUUCGUACGCAUACCGGAGAAAAACCAUUUGAAUGUAAAGUUUGCGGUAAAAGAUUUGUAGAAUCAUCUAACUACAGUAAGCACAUGAAAGUUCACCAGCAUGAAAAAAUGGGUAUUUAA